UAAAUCACAAAUUCGAUGUAGCGCACCGACUAUUCGAUAUUCGACAUACGCGGUUUAAAGUCGAUGUAAACAUUUUGGUUUUUUAGUCAAAAUUUGAGCUGUGAUUUUCUUUGGAUUCAAAAAGGGCUUCACGAUGCAGGGCGAAAAUUGUUACACGCAAAAGAAGAAGAGAAUGUCAUGCGGCCUCGAAGUAGAAUGCCCUAAAUGCAUAAGAAGUGCAGUGCACGACGCUGCUAACGACGGUUUUCAUUUCCUAGUAACCUACACCAUUCACCCUCAAUACGCGCGUGAUUUAACCGGCGACAACCCCCCCUCUUUGAUUAGUCGAACUGAUCGUCUUCUGCCUAGCGCGGACUGGAGCAGAUUAAUCGUGGGGAAGGUUAAUGACGAUGCCCUCGACGUUGAUAGCGAAAUUCCACAUAUUGCCGAGAAAAGUAAGGCACUGCUGGAGCAGGAGCUCGGUUUCGGCGCUCAUUUAGGUUUACCGGCCACUCUGAUGAAGUUACCUCUAGGCAAAAAUGCAAAUCUAGCCGCAAUUCUGUAUAAUAAACUGCAAACGGGUGCCCAUCAAAUUUGGGUGUAUCUACACAUGGUCCACCCGUCUAGGUAUUCGCCAAUCUGUUUGGAUGAAGACGAUACGUGGGAGAGAUGGAACAAUUUCCGAACUUACUGCUGCUAUGAUAGACGGCUUGGUUUAGCGCUGAAUUUACCUGAUGUUAAUCAUUUGCCUACAGAGCUAGAGAUCGACAGGUGGGUUGGUGAACCUAUCAAAGCACUGAUUAUACACACAUCCCAAUUUCUCAAAAACCAACAUGAGCAAUUUGUACUUGCAAAACCCCAUCAGGAUAUUAUUAGGAAAUUUAUGAAUCUGGACGUACAGUAUGUAAUACGCGGACCACACCCUAGAGGAAGCGACUAUAAGAAGUAUACGGCCUACAUUAAUUUUCUGGGUAAAAAGUUAUUCGAAAGUAAUGUUACCACGGAGUACAUUCAAGGCUGUGAAGACUAUUUGCAGAGCCCCCUUCAACCUUUGACCGAAAAUUUGGAGAGCAUGAUUUAUGAAGUUUUCGAGAAGGACCAGAUCAAGUACAUUGAGUAUCAGCGAGCAAUUCACUUGGCUUUGACCGAUUUACCGAUGUCUGAUGAACUUCCUGUGGUGAUUGUUGUUGGUGCGGGGCGUGGGCCUUUGGUGCAGGCCGCUUUGAACGCCUCCUACUUGUUAAAUAGGCCAAUAAAGCUCUACGCUUUGGAGAAAAAUCCGUAUGCCAUCAAUACUUUGGAGGAUAGAGUUUUAAAUGAAUGGCAGGGGAAGGUUACAUUGGUAAAGGGGGAUAUGCGAUACAUGGAGUUACCUGAAAAGGCAGAUAUACUUGUUUCUGAGCUUUUAGGAUCAUUUGGCGAUAAUGAAUUAUCACCCGAAUGCUUAGAUGGCGCCCAACGUUUCCUGAAACCCAAAGGAAUCUCCAUACCAGCAUCGUACACAUCCUACCUAGCUCCCUUGCAGAGCACAAAAAUUUACAACGAAAUCCUCAGCAACCGCCCCCACGAAAAAUCAAUUCAAAACAUAUUCGAAACGCCUUACAUUGUUCACUUAGUUAAUUAUUACCAAAUCGCUACGUCGCAGGAGGUGUACACAUUUAAUCACCCCAACUGGAAUAAGAGAAUCGAUAACGAUCGUUUCGCGCGUCUGGAAUUCUCAGCCUCGCAAAACUGCCUCCUAACCGGAUUUAUAGGAUACUUCGAAACAGUGCUUUAUAAAAAUGUGAUGUUAAGUAUUAACCCGCAAACCUACUCCGAGGGAAUGGUUAGCUGGUUUCCGAUUAUUUUCUCUCUUUUAGAGCCGGUAUAUGUCAAGGAAGGUGAUAAGAUACAGGUGUGUUUUUGGCGAAUGCAUUCCGAAGAUAAAGUGUGGUACGAGUGGUGUCUCGAGUCACCUGUUCGAACCGCUAUUAUGAAUCCAAGUGGGCGUUCAUUUUUUAUCAAAACUCAUUAAUUCGCUUAAAUUUGUGGUUUUUUAAUUCGCUGUGAAACUGCCCGGUUAUUUUCAAGCAGGGUAAAAGUGACGUUGUAAAUUAUAAUUUUCUAAAGAAAAGUUUUGUUCAACAGUU